AGUCACCUAAGCGCCUGCGCAGAGGCUCAGCCGCUCGCACUCCUGUGUGGCUGGGACUUAACCUUGACUUCGACUAGCCCCAGUGUCCUCGUGAGCCACUUCUGUCGGGUCCAAGGCCUGGCUCCGCCAUGAACCGGUGCGCCGAGGCGGCGGCCGUGGCGGCCACGGUGCCGGGCGCGGGCGUCAGGAUUGCGGGACCGCGGCCACCGAUGGUGCCCCGCCAAACGUCCUUCUUCCCGCCACCGGUGCCCAACCCCUUCGUGCAGCAGACACGGUUGAGCGCAGCGAGGCGCAUCCAGAUUUUCUUCCUUGGAAUUUUCCUGCUCCCCAUUCGUGGCUUAUUCCUUGCAUUUGUUUUAUUACUGGCGUGGCCGUUUGCUGCACUUUCAACACUGGGCCGUCCUGAAAAGCCGACCCAUCCCAUCACUGGUUGGAAGAGGCAAAUCACUCAGCCAGUUUUGAAGUUUCUGGGUCGUGCCCUGUUCUUUUCGAUGGGGUUUACAGUGACCGUGAAAGGGAAGAUCGCCAGUCCCGUGGAAGCCCCCAUCUUUGUGGUGGCCCCCCAUUCAACCUUCUUCGAUGGGGUCGCCUGUGUCGUAGCGGGGCUGCCGUCCAUGGUUUCCCGGAGUGAGAACGUGCAGGUGCCUCUGAUUGGCAGACUAUUACGGGCUCUGCAGCCGGUGCUGGUGUCCCGUGUGGACCCGGAUUCGAGAAAAAACACAAUAAAUGAAAUAAUCAGGCGAGCCACAUCAGGAGGGGAGUGGCCCCAGAUACUAGUUUUCCCAGAAGGUACUUGUACUAAUCGCUCCUGUUUGAUUACUUUUAAACCAGGAGCCUUUAUCCCUGGAGUCCCCGUGCAGCCGGUUCUCCUCAGAUACCCAAACCAGCUGGACACCGUGACUUGGACCUGGCAAGGGUAUACAUUCCUUCAACUUUGCCUGCUCACCUUCUGCCAGCCUUUCACAAAGGUGGAAGUCGAGUUUAUGCCCGUCCAAGCACCGAGUGAUGAAGAAAAGAGAGACCCUGUCGUUUUUGCUGGUAGAGUCCGGAAUCUGAUGGCUCAGGCUCUGGGAAUUCCGAUGACAGAACACACAUACGAAGACUGCAGACUGAUGAUCUCGGCAGGCCAGCUCACGCUGCCUAUGGAAGCCGGGCUGGUGGAAUUUACCAAAAUUAGCCGGAAGUUGAAAUUAAAUUGGGACAGUGUCCGCAAGCAUUUGGAUGAAUAUGCAGCUAUCGCGAGCUCCUCAAAAGGAGGGAGAAUCGGAAUUGAAGAAUUUGCCGAGUACCUGAAGUUGCCUGUGUCUGAUGUGCUGAGACAGCUCUUUGCGCUCUUUGACAGGAACAACGAUGGCAGCAUCGACUUCCGGGAGUACGUGAUCGGCCUGGCUGUCCUGUGCAACCCCGCCAACACAGAGGAGAUCAUCCAGGUGGCAUUUAAGCUCUUUGACGUUGACGAGGACGGCUCCAUAACGGAGGAAGAGUUUUCCACCAUUCUUCAGGCCUCUCUGGGAGUGCCCGACCUUGAUGUCUCCGGCCUCUUCAAGGAAAUAGCCCAGGGGGACUCGGUGUCCUACGAGGAAUUUAAGAGGUUUGCCCUAAAGCAUCCGGAAUAUGCAAAGAUAUUUACAACGUACUUAGAACUCCAGACGAGCCAUGUGUUUUCAUUACCUGAGGAAGACCAGCCACCUCCCCCCAUCACCACUAACAAAGUCAGUCCGGAAAACCAUGACGAGAGCCCAUCGGACAAGAAAGAUGACUGAAAGCAAGUGUCCCCCAGAAAGGGACACAGAGUGGCUUUCACUGGACAGAGCGAUGGCGUUUAUCGAGAAUAUUGUAAAUGGGAUUUAUUGAGUAAUGAGGAUGUACAAAAUGGAAAGCUUUUUUAUAGAAAUGGUAGAUUUUUAUUAAGAUGCUUUUAUCCACAUGUGUGGAUCAAGGAUUUUAAUAUUCCUCUUCCCUGUUAUAUUAUGCUGUACUGAUUGGUUUACUGGUGAUAAAUAUAUUUUUAUGGAAUCUUCCAGGUUAAUUUGCACAUCCAAGUGAAUGAAAUGCUCCCAUGUACUGAUGAGCAUUCAUCAAAAUGCUCAAGAGUUUUCUAAGGGGGAGAAAAAGAAGUACUGUUUUGUUCUAAUUCCUUUUCCUGCUGGAAAUAAGGAUGAAGAGUCUGAGGAAUGUUGCAGAAUUUUACCUCUACAGAUUCAUUGUUUUCCAUUUCCAUAUCAGUUUCUUGGAUCAUUGACUAUGGUUGGAUUGGAAAGGAGAGCUCCGUUAAUUAGAUAAGACUCUUAAAAACCCCUCUUCUCUCUAGCACGCACCCCUAUUAUAGGUUUCCUCCACCACCCACCAAGGGAACUCAUGCCCUUUCUGAAUGAUCUACCCAUUUAGAACUUUUUUUUUUUUCACAGACAACAGCUAUGGCCAAAGGCUAAGGGGGGGCUUGCCUUGCCUUAUUGAAGGUGAUGUUGAUUGUCUAACAAGAAAAUGAAUUGUCGGCCACAGAGUUUGGUUCCAUCUGAGUUGGAUAGUUCAGAAUGUAGCUCUUGCCCAGUAAAUGAAUCAGAUUUGCUCCACUGAUACAACAUUAAAAUUCAGAACUUGUUGGAAACAUCUGCAGGGAACACACAAAAGAUUCCAAAGCUACGGAGUCCAAAAUCCUAGCAAUCCGCCCGUGGGAUCCCGGUAGGAAUCGGGCCAUGGCAUCAUCCUGAGGCCAAUCGGUCAUUUCCUGCUGGUACCGUUUUUAUGGGAUGUCACGCAUGUGUGUGUGUGUUGUCAAUGUCAUUUAUGUUUGAAAUUUGGAACAGAGGACCAAUUUUUUCAUAUACAAAAAUAGUUGGAUCAAAUUCUGAGUUUAGUCUUUGGAUUUAAACUCUUUGUUUUGGCUGUGUUUCUGAAUAUAAUGGUGAUUCAUCCCCAUGUUAGCUUUUUAAGGCCAUUUUUUCAAUGUCGAAAGUCUUGUGAGAGGGCUUGGAAUAAUGACCUCAAACUAGUUCUCCAUGCUAAGCACUUAGUGUUGCAAGGUAAUGAAUGAGUAAAUAUGUAUUGGAUAAUUGCUUACUAAAAGCCUUAUGAAAGUAUAGAUAAUUGUUUUUUUCAUGUCUUAAAGUUAUUUACACAAAGCAUUGAAUGAGCUGAAACAAUUGCUUAACUAGGAAAACACAUGUUUACAACAGUGUCUGGCAUCCACAAUUGAAUGUGUUAAUACUCAGGUACCAUGAUUAUUUUUAUUAUAGAAAAGCCAUAGAGUAACCAUAUUAGCCACGACAAAGUAGCAUUGAAAAUGAAAAGCUUUCUAUGAAGCUCCUGUCUUCCUGUUUUCAAAUAAUAUUUUAUGGUCUUGAAUUCCACUUCUGCCAACAUAAUGUUCCUAUUUUGUCAUGUUUUUGAACAAACAGAAUUGCUACAUACAAUCUUGGUAAUUAAAAAAUUCUGGUUUUGCUAUUUUUGCCUCAAAUGCGAUAUAUCUUUUUGAUGUUGGGGUUGAAUUUGUUUGCCUAUUUAAGGAGUGGGAUUAAUCCUUUUUUAUUGUAUUUAAGCGUUAUCAGACAGGAUUUUACACUAAUGAAAAGCUCAACUUUUAGCCAAAGCAGCAACAGUUAGUGUUUAGUAUAAAGAAGUUGACUUCUGGCCAUGGCAGGCGUAGCUCAGUGGAUUGAGCUCAGACUGCAAACCAAAGGGUUGCAGGUUCAAUUCCUAGUCAGGGCACAUGCCUGGGUUGUGGACCAGGUCCCCAGUGGGGGCGUGUGAGAGGCAGCCACAUAUUGAUGUUUCUCUCUCUCUCUUUCUCCCUCCCUUCCCCUCUCUAAAAAAUAAAUAAAUAUUUUUUUUAA